AUGCCUGGAGAAUACUACCUUGAAUGUCCUGGAGUAAAAUACCCGUUUACAUUCAGCAUCGGAAAGUAUUGGACUCAGCGGGUUUCUGUAGGGCCGGCACUCCGGUUUAUGGAUCAGUCACGCAGUGACGUUUUUCUCACUGGUUCUAAUGGUGUUGCCUGGCGUGAUAGUCAUCAGUUUUCCUUUGAGUUGGAAAGCUUGACGCAACAAUACCAGGCUAACCCAAGCAUGUACGACCGGAUGCCAUUGGGCAUAAGUAACCUGGCAACAAGCCAAUACCCAGAGUUUAGAACACAGACUGAGCCUGACAUCAUCUGGCUCAUGAAAUUCGCUGUUCAACGUUAUUGGGAUCUUUGGAAGAACCAAGGCAAAAAGCAUCAUGCUCUGAUCAAAGCGCAGCUCCCGUACUUCUUACAUCUUUACCCGGAUAUUAAGCAACAUGUGAGCGAGGAGUUUUACACCAAGAUCCGAGACUUUGCUAUCGCUGUAUGGGCUGAACCUGAGUCUAAUUACCAUUGGUAUGAAACUGCAGCAUUCCACACGUUGACCACAAACAAUAACCUACUGGAAGUCCAACCGAACAUCGGAGGGAUCAAAGGUGAAAAACCACCAGGGUAUGCAAUCCGGCCUAACUUGCUGAUGUACGAGGUUUGCAAACGUGAUGGUAUAGCUGACUACAUGAAGUACCAGACAGCUGCAGUGGAAAAUGCUAAAUGGUUGGUUAAUUCGGUUAACUUGGAUGAUCCAGCGAUGACUAAGGGUCAACGAAUGAGCGAGUACGUAACCAUUCAAGGUCUGGCUUUCAUGUUGGAACAAUACCCAGCACUUGCUCCGAAAGGAACACUGGAGAAAAUCAAUCGCUGGGUUGACGUUAUGAUUGCGCGCUCGAAUAACCUUUGGGAUUUGCGUAAAUACGCUGACCCUAAAGACGGAACUGGUGCUGAGCUUGAUCAGUGGACCGGCGGAUUGAUCCAAUACAAUGAGCCAGGUAACCUGACGGGAUUCUUAUCCAUAGCCUAUGCUGCUGCAAGAGUAAUUACCGACCAAGCCAAGAAAACACGAAUUAAAGAAAUCGGUAUUGCUCAAUUAGAUAAUGCUUUUGGUCGAAAUCCAUUCAACAGACAUUUCAGCUAUGACGGACCGAGAGAAAUUGAGGGUGUCGAUCAGGGAUGGCCUACAUUUUAUGUUGGCGGUGCUGGCGUGCUUCAAGAUGUUGUUGGUGUAAUCGAUGGAUCUCCAAAAGAAUCAGCCUACCCGUUUAACCCUAAAGCUCCAGCAGGAUAUACAGAGGGUUGGGUUGCAUUCAAUACAGCGUGGAAUUCAUCCCUUGCAUAUCAUGCCGCUGAUGAAACAGAGAUCAACGCUACACGAUCAGGAUCGACCGUUACAGUAACUUUGAGGGCUGCACUUAACGUGGACAGUACCAAAGCUGAAACAGGCCAGGUAAAUGUCGUGACAAGCGGAGGAGCAUCGUCUAAAUUGACGGUUACUGAGAACAGUCUGGAUGAUUAUUUGUUCAGUGGAACGUACACAGUACCGGCAGGCGUAACAUGGGUUGAAUUCUCGUAUGGAUAUGGGAUGUUUCGAAAGUCUGUUCGAGUUACAACAGGG